GCUCCUCAGCUACGCCAUGGCUUAAUCCUGCAGCCACCUUCCCUCGCAUCGCCUGGCUUGGCCGGGGUCUGCGCCGCCGCCGCAGCCGCAGGGAGGGGCGCGCCCCAAGACGCCCUAGCAGGGCAUUCCGGGACUCCCAGUCUCCGGCGCCGCGGCAGACUGCGCUCCCGAAGCGUCCGCAGCCGGUAACCGAGGGUCUUUUCAGACUUUAUUUCAGCAGAAACUCUUUCUUACGCUGCCAGGGUGUUCUCUGAGGGAGGAGGGCGAAGUCGCUCCUGCCGAUCGGAGCGGCGGGGAAAGAAAUCGGGAGGGAGCCACCUUGGCCGGUCGGGGUCGGGGGCUGAAGAUUCGAGCCUCGCUUCAGAACCACAGUGAGACCAGCGAGCGGCCAGCUUUGCAGUCAGCAUCAUGGCGUGGCCGUGCAUCACGCGGGCCUGCUGCAUCGCCCGCUUCUGGAACCAGCUAGACAAGGCAGACAUCGCCGUGCCUCUGGUGUUCACCAAAUACUCCGAGGCCACGGAGCACCCGGGCGCCCCUCAGCAGUUGCCACCGCCGCAACUGCAGCCGGCGCAGCCCCCCUCGGCGCGCGCGGUCGCCAUAGAGACGCAGCCCGCCCAGGGAGAGUUGGAUGCAGUUGCCCGGGCAACAGGACCGGCGCCAGGGCCUGGUGGUGAACGCGAAGCGGCCGCCGCCCCUGGUCGGGGCGGGUCGGGUCUCGGCCCCGGCUCUGGCUCCACCUCCAGCGCCGGGCCCGCGGACUCUGUGAUGCGUCAGGACUACCGCGCCUGGAAAGUGCAGCGGCCAGAACCUAGCUGCCGGCCGCGCAGCGAGUACCAGCCGUCCGACGCGCCCUUCGAGCGCGAGACCCAGUACCAGAAGGACUUCCGGGCCUGGCCGCUGCCGCGCCGCGGAGACCACCCGUGGAUCCCCAAGCCCAUGCAGAUCCCCACGUCCUCGCAGGCUCCGGCGCCUAUUCUCGGGGCGCCCAAACGCCGGCCUCAGAGCCAGGAGCGCUGGCCCAUGCAGGCUGCUGCCGACGCCCGGGAACAGGAGACCCCUGGCGCCGCCGGUCGCCCGGCGGCCGGCAAGGCAUCGGGUGCGGACGAGCACGACACGCGCCGCAAGGCCGGGCCCGCCUGGAUGGUGCGGCGCACCGAGGGCCACGGGCCGGAGCAGAUGUCGGCGCCCCCAGCGCAGGCCGGAGCUGGUCGCCCCGCGGCCGGAAAGGCGUCGGGUGCUGACGAAUACGACACCCGCAGGAAGGCCGGGCCCGCCUGGAUGGUGCGGCGCACCGAGGGCCACGGGCAAGAGCAGACGCCGCCGCCCGCGGCCCAGGCUGACACCGAAGAGGGGCGCCCCGCGGCCGGCAAGGCUUCUGGUGCGGAUGAGCGCGACACCCGCCGCAAGGCCGGGCCCGCCUGGAUGGUGACCCGCGCCGAGGGGCUGGGGCCGGAGCAGACGCCGGUGCCCACGGUCCAGGCCCAAGCUCCAGCCGAAGAAGGGCGCCCCGCGGCCGGCAAGGCGUCGGGUGCGGAUGAACGCGACACCCGCCGCAAGGCCGGGCCCGCCUGGAUGGUGCGCCGCUCAGAGGGGCUGGGGCCCGAGCAGACGCCGCUGCCCGCUGCCCAGGCCGGAGGCCCGGAGGGUGGCAAGGGGCGCGCGGCUGCGGACGCCCUCAACCGGCAAAUCCGCGAGGAGGUGACGAGUGCAGUGAGCAGCUCCUACAGGAAUGAGUUCAGAGCAUGGACAGACAUCAAGCCCGUGAAGCCAAUAAAAGCCAAGUCUCAAUACAAGCCCCCGGACGAUAAGAUGGCUCACGAGACCAGCUACAGUGCCCAGUUCAAGGGGGAGGCCAAUAAGCCAAAUGCAGCUGACACCAAGGGCCUAGAGCGCAGACGGAUACGCAGCCUCUACAGCGAGCCCUUCAAGGAGCUGCCAAAGGUGGAGAAACCUAGCGUUCAGAGUUCCAAACCAAAAAAGACCUCAGCGAGCCAUAAGCCUCUGCGGAAGGCCAAAGACAAGCAGGUGGUAUCGGGCCAGGCCGCCAAGAAAAAGAGUGCGGAAGGCCCUGGGGCCACCAAGCCCGACGACAAGGAGCAAAGUAAAGAGAUGAACAAUAAACUGGCUGAGGCUAAAGAGAGCCUGGUCCAACCUGCUGGUGAUGACACAAGUAAGAAUCAAGGUCCCAUAGCCAUAGAGCCAGACAAAGAUCAAGGCCCUGUGGUUCCAGGGGUCCUGAAAAAUCAAAGUCUGGUGGUCCAAGAGCCUCCGAAGGAUCAAGGCCCCAUGGCCCCAGUACUGGGCAAAGAUCAAGGCCCCACAACCCCAGCACCGGGUAAGGAUCAAGGCCCCACAGUCCCAGCACCAGGCAAGGAUCAAGACCCUGCAGCCCCAGUACUGGGCAAGGACCCAGGUUCCUCGGUCCCACUACCGGGCAAGGAUCAAGGCCCCACAGCCCCAGCACCAGGCAAGGACCCAGGUCCCUCGGUCCCAGUGCCUCCAAAGAACAUCAGUCCAAUGGUUCCAGCAGGAGCCACAGACCAGAGCUCCGAUGUGUCACAGCCACCAAAGGAUCCAGGACCCCUGGCCCCCGAGCCCGGGAAGAACCAGGCUCCUGCAGUUCCAGACCUCGUUCCAGGUCAGGGUCUCGUGACUGCAACAUCCCUCAAGAAUCAAGAGGCCCCGGUCUCCGGGAAUCUAAGGGCUCCAAGUGCCAUGGUCCCAGCACCCAUGAAGGCAGAAGACCCCACGGCCCCUAAGCCUGCGACAGAGCGAGGUCCACUGGUCCCAGAGCCAGUCCAGGACUGGGGAGGAGGCCACCCGGAGCAGCCAAAGGCCCCAGCCGCAGUGGAGAAGCAGGGCAGCAUCACAGCGCUAGUCAAGGACCUGGGCCCCACAGCCCCCGGGGCUGCAAAGACUCAAGCUCCCAGCAACACAGCGCUAGUCAAGGAUGCAGGUGUCGUGGCCCCCGAGGCUGCCAAGAACCACGUGCCCCUAGUCAUGGUGCCUCUGAAGGCUCAAGCGCCGCUGGUGCCAACAACAGCCAAGGACCCAGAUCCUAUGGCUCCAGAACCUCUGAAGAUUCAAGGUGCCAGGGGCUCUCCACUGUCCACAGUCACACCCCCACCCCCAGUCAUGAUCCCUACUGUCCCCCACGCGGAAUAUGUGGAAGGCUCCCCUUAAUGUCCGCCCCUCGAUGGGCUGCUGACAGAGCUGGCAGGGAAGGCUCCUAUUCACUCUGCAUGAAACGUGUACCAUAUAGUGCUGCUGGAAUCUAAUAAAACUGG